ACUAUAUCAACGCAUCCCUAGUUCUCAAAAUAUUAAAUAACUUUUGAAUAGAUAUUUUAAGAUGAGUGGAUACAAUUACAUGUUCGGUGAAGCUGAUGAAAUCACCAGGAGAAUCGAGGGAAAUCGCAGACGACAUGAUAGAAACGAUGAUACUCCACCGCUCGUAUCACCGGAGCAUUGGUCUGACAACAUUUAUCCUACGAUGAAUCAUUAUCAGCCUCAGGGCCAAGCUACCAUGUCUGUAACCUUUAAUUCCAUUCCAGGGGAACAUCAUCAGUUUCAACAUCAACCUACCAUCCGAAGACAAUUCUGCUGGAGAUGUUUUAUGUCGUUGAUAAUAUCGUGGUUGAUGAGUUUUUUUGUACCAACAAAUAGGCCGAGACCAAUACGCAGGCCUUUGCCCUCUAACACCCCUCCUCCUUCAACCUCAGGUUUAUCAUCUUCUGCAGAACGCUCAAGGGAUCGACCUAGCCAACAUUCACGCGAUGAAAUAAUCCAACGGAGUGUAGUGCCUGAAAGAAUUUCAAGUGGUAUAGGAUUAACAGAGAGACAAAUUUCUCAAUUACCUACCAUCAAGUUUCAACCUUCUAUAGAAGAUAAAAAGUGUCUGAUAUGCCAGUCAGAUUAUGUUCAUGGAGAGAAAAUGAUAAUUUUACCCUGUACUCACAAGUACCAUGAAGAUUGCAUUCGUCCCUGGCUCAAAAGCAGUAAGGCUAGUAUCGACUUUUCUGUCCUUUUCUUGGAUUACUUGCAUCAAGAUUUACUAUCAGCUCUGAUGCAGUUAUCCCUUUUUCUUUUAUCUCUCACUUGUGCAGGUUUGCUGCGUUUGCCAAAGGCAAGUGGUUCUAUCAAGCUAGCUUCGAUCAACAAAAGAACCAGCAAAUUUGACAUUAAUCUAUUUUUUCUCUUUGUAUAUCUUUCUUUUUAUAAAAUUUUCAACUCAAUUUUAAAGAAAUAUUUAGAAGUUUGUCAUGUGAAAGGAAGAGUAUUGCAGUAAAUCGUAGUUACUUUUUUACAAAAUAUCCUAAUAUACUCAGAUACCCUUUUGGGAAUCAUUUAAUAAAUCAUUAUUUAAAAAAAUAAAUUGAAUCCAAAAAAAAAAUAAUCCCGAUAUAUCCCAUGAAAAGCAUGCAUUAUUGGGCCCGGGCCUGUUUUGAAAUGGUUGCUGGGUCAGUACUCAGUAAUAAGUAUCUUUGUCCGUAAGCUGUUGUUCUGAAUCUGACAAUGAAACUCAUGUGGUCACCAGAAAGUGACUCUUAUUCCAGUGCUUGGUUAAUAACAGCUUAACACUACAGUUGGUUUGGAUACUGGAACUUGCCAUCUGUUGCUGCAGAGUUUGUUUUUAUUUUCACAAAAAUAAGUGAUAGCAUUAGUAGUAAAAUUAUUGGUUUAGGCCCCCUGAAAUGGUUUUUGAUCGUAGCUUAUGUUAAAAAAGAAACAGUAUUUUACUUUAUUCACAAUAUCGUCGAUUUUUACCAUUGAUGCAUACGUAUUAUACUUGAUACUAUAUGAUAUUGUAGUAUCCAACUUAGAACACAUGAUUGUACGUGUGUAUAUAUAUAUAUAUAUACAUACUAUAACACAAACACAUGACAUUUCUAACCAUAUAGAUUACUAUAUAUAUUGAAAAGUUCACAUUAUCUAACACUUGCUGAGAAAAAGAGACAUAAUAUCCAACACUUAGAAAUAU